CAACUCUAAAUUUCGUCGCAAAUGACGUAGUUUGGGAGGCCUAUUGUGCCCUGGAUUCUUAUGUAUAUAUAUGAAGCCCAGGAGUUCCCGGGUCUUUGGUAUUGUAUCAAGUCUCAUUCAUCGAAGAAACGUAACUUCAUAUACAAUCAGUCACACUUCUCACUGCGCAAAAGCAAACUACAUACCGCUAAAAUGGCAGCAUCAUCAACUUCUGACAUGUGCCUCUACCUCCUGGCAGUAUUUGUACCAUUCGUUCCAGUAUUCAUCAAAACUGGAUGCAGCUGCGAUCUCCUAAUCAAUAUUCUACUUGACUGUCUGGGUUGGAUUCCUGGUGUUAUUCAUGCGUGGUAUAUCAUUGGCAGACAUGACCCAGCGGCGUACCGUUAAGGAAAAUCGGGGAUGGGGUUUCGAGCCAAGUUGCGAAGUUGAUAGUGGACUUGUAUAUAUUUGUGAAGCCUGGUGAGGAGAACUGGAUGAAAGGAUGAUACCCCGGUGUACAUGUAUGAUAGUUGAGACUCUUUGGAAGCAUCUGGAAAACGAACACUUUGUACCAAAUUAUUCGAGAAAUUAGAAGACCUUGGUGUGAACCGCC